GGAACUGAGAAUAUUGCUCAACCGAUGUUUUAUUGGGAAAGCUUUGCUUCGUUGUACUUUUUUUAACGGAAUCUGACAGAAAAAAAUUGUGCGAAUUGAUUAUUCAUCAUUUAAUGAAAGAUUCAUUGACGAUAAAGCGCCAUGUUUUCGGAUUUUGGGCUAAAGAAAUAGUUGCAAUUUUUACAAAGGAAAAUGAAACAGAUUAUUACAAUCCUUGCCGCAUGUCAAAAAAAAAAUCCUAAUGGAAAAUUAUACGACUAUUACACUAAUUUAAGAAAGUGGUUUGCAAAAAAUGAUAAGCCGAAAACUAUUGAACCUGAGACAAAUGCUUCUAAUGAUUGUAAUGUAGAAGAAUUAAAAGAUUUGUUGAGAACAAACGAGGAAAUCAAAACGUCGUGGCAAAACACAGUCAAAAUUCGUGAUCGAAAAUUGUCUAUUGUGGACUAUUAUGAACAGUAUCCAGUUUUAAAAUUACAAAUUGGGAUCGAAUUGUUGCUGAUUGACUUUGAAAUUGAACAAAAAAUCGAUUCAAAUAUUUUUUUUACGGAAUGGCCAAAAGUGGUACCUUUAAUUCUCACUGAAGGUGCAACUCAAAAAGCGUGCGAAGAUUUAUUAAGUUUGCAAGGUGUAUCCCAAGAAAUUAUUGCUCUUUUAUCUAGCCGUACCUGUUUAAGCCUACAUGUCCACGAAUUAAAAGCAAACGAUUUCCAGAAAGUUGGAAAGCAGGAAAGCCUGAAAUCUCAGAGGGGUUCAUCUAUAGAGUACCGACUUUGGCUGAUUUGGAACCAAACUGGGAGAAAAGACUACAGAAACUGAGGAAACAUGGUGUUACUCAACAGCCAAUUGUAAUUGCCAUCGGAACGAUUACUAAUAUAACUGAAGUGUAUGUGUCCAUCAACGACGUCAAAUACAAAUGCGCAGGUUUGCUUCAAGGUGUUGACUAUUGCUUCAAAAGUUUUUUUGCGUUGAAUGCAGAAUAUUCGUUGGAUUCAAGACCUGUUUGGGAAUUUUUGCAACGAUUAUACGGUAUUCCAUUUUCGGCAGAUAAGAA